CCGGCGCGUCCUCCACUCUUUCCUGGAUAUAUUGCCUAUGGCAUCUCCGACGCAAUUUGAAUCCGGAAAUGGCAGCCUGCUGCUGCAGAUUGAUGACGCGAGCCCCCGACUUCAAUAUAACGGAAACUGGGUCCAGGGCGGAGCCGAGCAGGACUACCAGAAGACGAGCCAUUCAUCGAACGCUACGGGAUCGUUCGUGACGUUCACUUUCAACGGCACGUUUAUCACGGUCUAUGGGUCUGUCGACACCGCGGGUAGCUCGAGCAGCUACAAGCUGGACGACGCCCCGCCUGUGGUCACCAACAUCGGUCGAACAUCCCCUACUCAAUUCAACUAUCCGUUCUUCUUCCCUUCAGCACCGUUACAACCAGGCCUGCAUGAGCUGGUAAUCACAGUAGUUGGCGGCACUUUCAGCCUUGACUACAUCGAGUACACUGGCGGAGUCAAUGGGGAUGCCUCGCAGGUUUCAAGCUCCUCAUCAUCUUCGUCAUCGUCUGGAGGCACCGCGUCCCCAGACUCCGCGCCACCGACGGCAUCCCCUUCAAAAGGGCUCUCCGCUGGUGCCAUUGCGGGCAUCGCAGUCGCGGCGAUAGGCGUGGUCCUCAUCGUGGCGCUGACGCUAUUCUACGUGCGUCGGCGGUCGGCCCGGAGGGUGCGCCAUCGACGACAUAUACCGGAGAAGGGGAUCGACGUGCUGUUCGAUGCUCCGCCAAAAGAGCCACCAACAGCAGAGAUCAGGAGUCCCUUCCGGCGGCUGAGCAGGAUAUACCGCCCCACGCCUGCUCGGUCUGCGCAGAGCUCGAAGACGGCAACUUCAUCUGCGCCGACGUCCAUCACGCAGUCUUCGGCGAUGUUUACCUCCGUCAUCAUGCUAUCGCCUGCGUUGUCGGUGGUGUCAGAAGAAUCUGGCCCACACGACAUAUCGCGAAGAGUAUCGGGCUCAUGAUCCGUAUUUUUAGUUUGCUUUCCAUGUUGCAUCCUUCAUACCCCAGGGACUCCCUCAACGGACGUUGAACUAUUGCACAUUUGUACAGCUCGAAGGCUAUUAUUCCUGUCAGAUUAAUUAAUCCCAACAUGUAUCCUUACC